UGAAGCGCUGGGUUUUGACCAAAACAAGCGGCGACGGCGCCACUGUAGCGUCUAUGGCCGAGGCGGUGAGGCCCCAGCGCCGGGCCAAGGCCAAGGCCAGCCGCACAAAAACCAAGGAAAAGAAGAAAUAUGAAACCCUACAGAAGGAGGAGUCUGAUGAAGUCUCCCUUCCAAAAACCUGCGAAGAGCAGGAAAUCUCGUUUCCUGCUUGUGAAGUCAGGGGAGAGCACGUGAAGGAGUUAAGUGAUGCCUGCCUCAAGAACGAUGUUGCCAGUGGACAAAGCGAAAGUGAAAUGUUUGAAAUACCACUCACCUCCUUGACUCUGAGCAGCGAAGGGUCCCUGGCGUGUAACAUAGAGCCUCCAAAGGAAGGGGAAGAGGGCAGAGCCUGUGUCAGGGACAGUGCAAGCGAGCUGAAGGUUGACUCUGGAGACAAUGUUGGAACUAAAAUAGAAGCCCCCAGGAACUUCACGGAAGUAGAGGGGAGUAAAUUGGUGCAAUGUGGACCUUCCGAAAGCACACUGGAAUCUAGUUCUUCUUGCAUUCAGCAGGAAAUCGAAAAUUUACAAGUCAUAGAAACUGAGGAUAGGAAAGAAGACAAACCAACCCUGGGUUGUUCUUCAGAGGUGCUACAGAGCGUUCGCUUGCAGAGUUCCUGUGAAGCUAAAGACGUUUUUCAGCCACCUAGGGUGAAGAAACUGUACCCCCAGCUGCCCGCUGAGAUGACUGAAGUGCCAGCUCUAGUGGCAGUGAAGCCCUUGCUUUGUAGCGAGCGACUCUACCCAGAACUCCCAUCUCAGCCGGAGCUAGUACCAUUUACUAAGGAGCAGCUAAAAAUCUUAGAACCUGGCUCUUGGCUGGAAAAUGUUGAGUCAUAUUUGGAAGAAUUUGACAGUAUGGCUCAUCAGGACAGGCAUGAGUUUUAUGAGCUGCUUUUGAACUACUCCCGAUGUAGGAAGCAACUGCUGCUGGCUGAAGCUGAGCUCCUUACUCUGACGUCUGAUUGCCAAAAUGUGAAAAGUCGACUGUGGCACUUUAAAGAGGAGCAAAUGCUCGUGCAGGGUAUCUGUGCAGACCAAGUGAAAGUUUCUGGCUAUCAUCGCUACCAAAGAGUAGAGAUGAAUGAAAAUGCCCUGGGAGAGCUGAAGAAACUAUUUGAUGCCAAGUCUGAGCACCUCCACCAGACCCUGGCCCUUCACUCUUACACCUCUGUGCUCUCAAGGUUGCAAGUGGAGUCUUACAUCUAUGCCUUGCUCAACAGUUCAGCUGUUCUGAGAUCUUUAGCAAUUCAUCAGGAAGGCCGAGCUUCUAAGCAGACAGAAAGUAUUCCCUCUGACUUGUGUCAACUAAAGGAGUGCAUUAGUGUCCUGUUCAUGUUCACCAGGAGAAUCCAUGAAGAUUCUCAGUUCCACGACGAUAUUCUUCUCUGGCUGCAGAAAUUGGUGUCAGUGUUACAAAGAGUCGGCUGUCCUGGAGAUCACCUCUUCCUUCUCAACCAUAUUCUCCGGUGCCCAGCUGGUGUUAGUAAAUGGGCUGUUCCUUUCAUCCAGAUCAAAGUGUUGAAUAACCCAUCAGGAGUCUUUCACUUCAUGCAGUCCCUUGCCUUGCUGAUGUCUCCUGUCAAGAAUCGAGCCGAGUUUAUGUGCCACAUGAAGCCCAGUGAGCAGAAGCCAUCCUCAGGGCCCGCGUCUGGGACCUGGACUCUGGUAGAUGAGGGAGGAGAAGAGGAUGAAGACCCUGAGACGAGCUGGAUUCUCCUUAAUGAAGAUGACUUGGUUAUCCUUUUAUCACAGUUUCCAUUUCAUGAGCUCUUUCAGCAUCUUCUUGGAUUUAAAGCAAAAGGUGAUUAUUUGCCUGAAACAACAAGACCUCAAGAAAUGAUGAAAAUUUUUGCCUUUGCCAGUUCAUUAGUGGAACUUCUGGCUGUAGGGUUAGAAACCUUCAACAGAGCACGCUAUAGGCAGUUUGUGAAGCGCAUUGGCUAUCUGAUCAGGAUGACCCUUGGCUAUGUGAGUGACCACUGGGCCCAGUAUGUGAGCUAUAAUGGUUCUUCAGGACUGCCCCUGCAGCCCUACUCCACGGAGAAGCUACAACUUGAAUUUGAUGAGCUGUUUUUGAGGGCUGUCCUGCAUGUGCUGAAAGCCAAAAGACUCGGCAUUUGGCUGUUUAUGUCUGAAAUGCCCUUUGGGACGCUGUCAGCCCACAUGCUCUGGAAGCUCUUCUACCUCAUGCACCAGGUGGAGGAGAGCGGGAACCUGCAGCAGCUCUGCUGCACGCUGCAGCCGGCCGAGUGCAAGAGGCGGCUCCAAGACCCAGAACAUUUUGUGAACUUUGAGAAGUGCCUUUCUUCCAUGAAUAGUUCGGAGGAGAUUUGCCUUUUGACCACUUUUGCUCAGAUGGCUCAGGCCAGAAGAACCAACGUGGAUGAAGACUUCAUAAAAAUUAUUGUUCUGGAGAUAUAUGAGGUAUCUUAUGUCACCUUGUCCACGAGAGAGACUUUCUCAAAGGUUGGUCGAGAGCUUUUAGGGGCCAUCACAGCUGUUCACCCUGAGAUAAUUUCUAUCCUUUUGGAUAGAGUUCAAGAUACCAUUGACCAGGUUGGAAUGGUUUCUUUAUACUUGUUUAAAGAAUUGCCUCUGUAUCUUUGGCGACCUUCUGCCUCCGAGAUAGCUGUGAUUCGGGACUGGUUAUUGAAUUACAACCUGGCAGCGGUGAAGAAUAAACUAGCCUGUGUUAUUCUGGAAGGGUUGAAUUGGGGAUUUGCUGAACAGGGUACCCUUCAUCUGGAUCAAGCAGUCCAUACUGAAGUGGCCUUGAUGGUUCUGGAAGCUUAUCAGAAGCACCUUGCACAGAAGCCAUAUGCUGGGCUUCUUUCCGAGAGUAUGAAGCAGGUUUCAUAUUUGGCCAGUAUUGUUCGAUAUGGAGAGACACCUGAGACCUCCUUUAACCAGUGGGCCUGGAACUUGAUCUUGAGGUUAAAACUGCACAGAAAUGAUUAUGGAUUACAGCAGAAUUGUCCCACCGUUCCCUUUUCCAGCAUGGUACCUGACAUGACAGAGUCACCCAUGUUCCAUCCUCUCUUGAAGUCUGUGAAAGCGGGCAUGCCCAUUGGCUGUUACCUCGCCUUAUCCAUGACGGCCCUGGGCCACAGCAUUGAGAAGUUCUGUGCAGAAGGCAUCCCAUUGUUGGGAAUUCUGGUCCAGUCGAGGCAUCUGAGAACAGUGGUCCAUGUGCUGGAUAAGAUUCUGCCUUUGUUCUACCCUUGCCAGUAUUACUUGCUGAAGAAUGAGCAGUUUUUGUCCCACCUCCUCCUGUUCCUGCACUUGGACAGUGGUGUCCCACAGGGUGUCACACAGCAGGUCACCCACAAGGUGACGCAGCACCUGACAGGAGCCAGCCAUGGGGACAACGUGAAGCUUCUCAACAGCAUGAUCCAGGCACACAUAUCUGUAAGCACUCAGCCCAAUGAAGUGGGUCCUGUUGCCGUGUUGGAGUUCUGGGUUCAGGCACUUAUAAACCAACAGCUUUGGUAUCGAGAACAAGCCAUCCUCUUCCUCAUGGACCACUUGUGUAAAACAGCUUUUCAACUGAUGCAAGAAGACUGUGUGCAGAAAUUACUCUACCAGCAGCAUAAGAAUGCUUUGGGUUACCACUGUGACCGGAGUUUGCUGUCCUCUUUGAUGAGCUGGAUCGUGGCAGGCAACAUCACUCCUUCCUUUGUGGAGGGGUCAGCCACACCUACCCAGGUCUGGUUUGCAUGGAGCGUGCUGAACAUGGAAUCCAUCUUUGAAGAAGACUCCCAGCUCCGAAGAGUCGUUGAAGGGGAGCUGGUUAUAAACUCUGCUUUUACCCCUGACCAAGCUCUGAAGAAAGCUCAAGCCCAGCUGAAGCUCCCCAUCGUCCCGUCUCUGCAGAGGCUGCUGAUCUAUCGCUGGGCCCACCAGGCUCUGGUCACGCCUUCUGAUCACCCUCUUCUGCCACUUAUCUGGCAGAAGUUCUUCCUUCUGUAUCUUCACCGCCCAGGACCACAGUAUGGGUUACCCAUAGAUGGUUGCAUUGGAAGAAGGUUUUUUCAAAGUCCUGCUCAUAUCAAUUUGCUGAAAGAAAUGAAGAGGCGUCUAACCGAGGUGGCAGACUUCCACCAUGCUGCAAGCAAGGCCCUCCGUGUUCCAGCAGAGGGCAGCGAAGGGCUGCCAGAGAGCCAGGCCAGCACCUCUGUUUACUUCACUUCACCAGAACUGCACACGGAACUCGUGAGGCUUUUCAAUGUGUAUGCAUUAUGGCUAGAAGAUGAGACCUUCCAAAAAGGAGAUACUUAUAUCCCUUCUCUACCAAAACAUUAUGAUAUUCACAGGCUAGCAAAAGUGAUGCAGAAUCAGCAGGAACUCUGGAUGGAGUAUUUGAACAUGGAGCGCAUACAUCACGAGUUCCAAGAAACUGUGGGUUUAUGGAUACAGGCUAAGCUGGAGUCCCAUUCCCCACCCUGUAGCGGGUCAGCUCAGCUGGACUUCACUGAUCCUUUGCUGGCUAAAGAAAGGAUUUUAAGUAACUUGCGGAAGCACGAGGCUCCGCAGCCUCCCCUCCUUCUGCACCCUGUGAGGCCUCCUGUGCCGAUUAUUUCCUCAGCUGUGCUGCUGAGUGACAAAGACGCCAUUCAGCUGGUGUGCACAGACCUGAACUUGUUGCAACAGCAGGCCAGAACUGCAGCUCUUCGGGAAUCUCAGCAGGUUGCCCUGGAUGGUGAGCUGUUGGACACAAUGCCCAAACAGUAUGUUAAUCGAGAAGAACAGACCACACUCCAUUUGGAGUGCAGAGGCAGUAGUGGCAAGAAAUGCCAAGGAGCAGCAGUUGUAACGGUUCAGUUUGAAGGUAUGUGUAAAAAUGAAGCGAUUAGCCAACAGCUCCAUGUUUUGCGAAAAGAAGUGAAGCAGUUGCAAGCAGAAGCAUCAAAACCGCCAUCCCUUAAUGUGGUGGAAGCUGCUGUGCACGCAGAGAACCUGAUUACGGCCUUAGUGAAUGCCUACAAGUUGCAGCCUACACCUGGGGUCCAGAAAGUUGGCAUCAGCCUUUUCUUUACUGUUGUGGAUUAUGUCAGUGAGGAGACACAGCGUCAUCCUCCCACAAGGCAGUUCUUUACUUCAUGCAUUGACAUCCUGGGACAGGUGUUUAUCAGUGGCACUAAAUCAGAAUGCAGGAAAGUGCUUCAGACCAUCCUGAAGAACAGACGGCUCUGCUCCCUCUUGUCCCCGUUCUUCACUCCCAAUGCUGCACCUGCAGAGUUCAUACAGCUCUAUGAGAAAGUGGUGAGGUUUCUAAGCGAGGACAACAGUGAUAUGAUUUUCAUGCUGCUAACUAAGUUCGAUCUUAAGCAAUGGUUAAACGCCACUAAACCUCCUCUGUCUGAUCGUACCAGGCUUCUGGAGUCCAUUCAUUUGGCACUUACUGCCUGGGGCCUUGAACCAGAAGAAGAUAUUUUGAUGCCAUUUAAUCUUUUCUGUAAGCACUGGACUUACCUCCUUCUGUACCAGUUCCCUGACCAGUACAGUGACAUUCUCAGGCUGCUGAUGCAAAGCUCUGCGGAGCAGUUGCUGAGCCCUGAGUGCUGGAAAGCCACUCUGAGAGCCCUGGGCUGCUGUGCCACAAGCUGCCAGCAGGGGGCAGCGUCUGCAGAGAGCACCGUGCUUCAAAGCUCCUCACAUGUUCUCCUGUCUGAUGAGCAGGUAAUGGAGACGAUACAGUGGCUUUCAGACUUUUUCUACAAACUUCGGUUAUCCAAGUUGGACUUUAAAAGCUUUGGUUUAUUCUCAAAAUGGAGUCCUUACGUGGCCGACGUGAGGACAUUCUUGGGCUAUCUUGUGAAAAGGCUGAUUGACUCAGAAAUGGCCUCCUUGGCCCAAGACCCAUCUGCUAACAGCAAAUCAGUGCUGAGAUCCCUGCAUUCAAGAAUCAUCGCACUGUUUAAGCCAUGGAUCCUGGUUUUAGAGGACAGUGAAAGCAGCCAGCAGCGACAUUACCCGUGGCUGGAGAGCGAUGCUGUGGUGGCUUCGAGCAUUGUGCAGUUGUUCACCGACUCUGUGGACUCACUGCACAGGAGAUUCCAAGAUAAACUGUUGCCAGGUGAUGAAGGAGCCCUUCGGUUACACCUGAUGCAUUAUUGCGAAACCUGUACAGCCCCCAAAAUGCCAGAGUUCAUUCUGUACGCUUUCCACAGUGCCUACCAGAAGCUCCACUGGAAGGACCUGCACCCUGACCAGAUGCUCAUGGAGGCCUUCUUCAAAGUAGAACGAGGAAGCCCCAAGAGCUGUUUCUUAUUUUUGGGGUCUGUCCUGUGUGAAGUCAACUGGGUUAGUGUGCUCUCAGAUGCCUGGAAUCCGAGUCCCCUCCCAGAAACCCAGAGCAUGAUUGUCUGUCUCCUUUUCAUGAUGGUUUUGUUGGCAAAGGAAGUUCAACUAGUAGACCAACCAGAUUCACCUUUACUCAGUCUCCUUGGACAGACAAGUUCACUUUCGUGGCAUCUUGUGGAUAUUAUGUCAUACCAGAGCGUGCUAGGUUAUUUCGGCAGUCACUACCCACCGUCCAUCAUCCUGGCAAAGGAGUCUUCUGCUGAAUUAAUUGUGAAGCUCCUGAAAGUGUCUGCAGGCUUCUCCAUUCCUACUGACAGCCAGAAACAUCGCGAUGCAGUUCCAAAGUGCCAAGCUUUCACUCAUCAGAUGGUUCAGUUCCUCAGCACCCUGGAACAAAAUGGAAAAAUCACCUUCACAGUCCUAGAACAGGAAAUGUCUAAGCUCUUAGAUAAUAUCAUUGUCUUUAACCCACCUGACAUGGACAGCCAGACCCGCCACAUGGCCCUCAGCAGCCUCUUCAUGGAAGUCCUGAUGAUGAUGAACAAUGCCACUAUUCCAACAGCAGAGUUCCUCCGGGGUAGCAUCCGGACCUGGAUUGGCCAGAAAGUACACGGGCUGAUGGUGCUGCCCCUUUUAACAGCAGCCUGCCAGAGCCUGGCUUCCGUCCGCCACAUGGCCGAGACCACAGAAGCCUGCAUCACUGCCUACUUCAAAGAAAGCUCCUUCAACCAAAAUUUCGGCUGGGGCCCUAUUCUGGUGUCCCUUCAGGUCCCGGAGCUCACUAUAGAAGACUUCCUGCAGGAGUGCCUAGCCCUUGGCAGUUACUUGACUCUCUAUGUCUACCUGCUUCAGUGCUUAAAUAGUGAACAGACUCUCCAGAACGAAAUGAAAGUGCUGCUGCACCUGAGCAAGUGGCUGGAACAGGUGUAUCCAAGUUCCACGCAGGAAGAGGCCAAGCUGUUUCUGUGGUGGCACCAAGUGCUGCAGCUGUCUCUGAUUCAGACCGAGCAGAAUGACUCAGUCCUGACAGAAUCUGUGAUCCGAAUUCUGCUCACACUGCAGAGCAGACAGUGCCUUGUGGCGGAGGAGAGGCUCAGCUCUGGGAUCCUGGGGGUAAUCGGCUUGGGCCGGAAGUCACCCUUGUCUAACAGGUUCCGGGUGGUUGCCCGAAGCAUGGCUGCCUUCCUUUCAGUCCAGGUUCCUACAGAAGAUCAGAUCCGAUUGAAACCUGGCUCUGACUUACAUCUGACUCCCAAAGCUCAGCAGGCUCUGAGUGCUCUUGAAUCCAUGACCUUGAGUAAGCAGUAUGUUGAGUAUCAGGAUCAGAUACUGCAAGCCGCCCAGUUUAUAAAGCACCCUGGCCAUUGCCUCCAAGAUGGGAAAAGCUUCCUGGCUCUUCUUGUUAACAGUCUGUAUCCAGAAGUGCAUUAUUUGGACAACAUUCGAUAGUACCACUGAGGCUCUUGAAAAACCAUGUUGCUCUUUAUGUUUACAUUUAACUUUGCUGUUGUACCCCUAACUUCCCUCGGUUUCACCGCAGAGUAAGUUCAACCAAGGAGCAGUAGAGUGAGAUGCAAGUCGGGAGGCAUUAGGGAAUUCUGGAGUGUGUGUAAGUGUGUCUUCUUAGCUCUUAAAACAUUCUGGAAGCAUCUUAACUUUUAUGUUCACCCACAAGUGAAACUAACUGAGCUUCACCUGGGUGCAGAGCCUCUCGGAGUUGCUGAAUUUCCCAGGCGUCUCGAGUACAACUGCUCCAGGAAUCGUGUGGAGCUCUCACUUUUACACCUCAUUUGUGUUCUUCCAAAGUAAGAACAAAAGUCAGCUUUGAAAAUUUCUGCAUUUCUCAAAUGUGGGGAAACAUACCAGCAUCUGAGUGUUGUGGUAUUUCUCUCAAAAGGGAGCUAGAAGUGCUGAAUUGGUUCAAGUUGCAUGUGAUGGGGUAGGCUGGCUCUCUGUGACGAGCUUGCCGUGCACAGUGGGGGAGCACAGCCAGGGAUGACUGUCCAGUCACCACAGCCCCGCCGCUCCCUUGGAUCCUACCCCUAGCCCAGCCCCCAAGUCACACCACUUACCUGUCCCUGUUUACACUGAAAUUUCCAAGUUGGUAUCCACAGGCCUCUCGUGUCAAGAGAAAAGAGAUGGGGAGAAACUGGGCCCCACUGUGUGUUCCCUGCAGGUUUGGGAUCUGCUGAAACACUGUUCUGCAGAAGCCAGGUCAGGUUUGGAGAACUGCUGCGGGCUGGCUUUCUUCCAGGAGCCACAUGCCUUCUGUUAGCAGUCAUUCUCAUUCAUGGCCAGAGCCUCACAGUGGCACUGCUUGUGCUGUCACCAUCUUCUUGCUUGUGGUAUCAUUGCCUGAGCAAUGGCAGCUGGACUCUCGUCAUCAGAUUCAUGUUGCUGUCAGUUCCAAAUGGAUUUCAUACGUCCAGCUUUGCCUACAGGAACAUAAGUAGUCAUCUGACAUGUCUCAGUGGCCGCCAGGAGCCUUUAGUAGGGAGACAGGGAUGUGGGCCAGCAGAGCGGUGACUGCUCACGCAGCCUUGGCCGUGCUUCCCCCGCACCUGGAGCUUGCGGGAGCUCUUCCCCCGCACCUGGAGGCUUGUGGGAGCUCUUCGUUUUGAACUUGCGCAGUUGAGCAGUUCUGCCUCCCGGGCAAGCUCUGAUGGAGCGCAUCGAGUUCAGGCUCCGAGUUUUGUGGGCCACAAAGCCUCGUCUUACGGGGACAUGUUCUGUGUUUUGCUUUCUCCCCAUUUUCAAAGUCGGUCAUGCAUCUGUGUAUAAGGAAAUUUUAGGAGCUCUGCCGUUUACCGAACUGAUCUGACAACAGUGGUGUUAGGAUGGGAAAUACCUUGUGUGCUGUUUUCUUUCAGGAGGAGGCAAUUAUUGAUUUCCUAGAAUGUAAAGUUUUUCAGUGACAGUAUGUACAUUUUAAAGAGAAUUAUGAUUAACCUGUUAAUUUUUGAAAGUUUAUAAUAUUUAUAAUAUAUUUGGUCUGUAAAAAUGAUGAAAAAUAAAAUCGACCAUUGGUUGUAAUAGCUAUGAA